AUGCCGAAUCUGACCGAGCUCCCAAGCAACACAACAUCCAGCAGUAACCUGUCUAUCAUUGUGAAGGUGUGUGUGGUUAUCCCACUCUUCGUUGCCUUCCUGUACUUCAUCAUCCUGACCCUCUACACGUUUGCGUCUCACAGGCAGUUUUUUGACAGUUCACGUUACAUCCUCUUCACCUACAUGCUGAUUAACGACACCCUGCAGAUUCUCUCCUCAGUGCUGCUCUUCCUGUUAGUCAUGGGCAGCGUCAACUUUGCCAUCGUCUACUGCGCCCCUCUACUGUUCAUGUCAACCGCCACCUUCCUGAACACCCCCCUCAUCCUCUCCACCAUGUCUCUGGAGCGCUACGUAGCCAUCUUUUACCCCUUUCACCGUCCCACCAUCUGGAAGCCCGAAUGGAUCUGGGUCAUCAUUCUGAGCCUGUGGUUCAUCAGUUGCAUCCUACCCACUGUGGACUUUGUGCUGAUGCGGCUCAAACCGGGCGUAGACGUUUACUCUACCCCCGUGUUGUGCAAAACCACUGUGCUAAACACUUCGCCCAUUCAGUCUCUGUUCAAAGUGAGCCUGAACGGGAUCUUCUUCGCCGUGGUGGCUGUGGUGAUCCUCUUCACGUACAUCCGGAUCCUGCUGGAGACCAGGAACAUGAGGCAGGACCGGACGUCGGUGAGGAAGGCUCUACACACAGUGCUGCUGCACGGAUUUCAGCUGUUCCUCAGCAUGAUGGCCUUUUCUCAGCCGGUUGCAGAGUUGCUGUUAACCCAGCGUGUUAGCUUGACUCAAGCAGAUAUGUCUUUUAUUUAUUAUUUCUGCUUCAUUUUGCUUCCCCGAUUUCUGAGCCCACUCAUUUAUGGUCUCAGGGAUGAAGUCCUGAGGAGUUACAUGAUGAAAGCUAUGCCUUGUUAUGCCACCCGAGUUGACCCACGGAAAGAAAUGAAAACAACAAAACAAGACUAUAACAAUUGUUUUUGUGGUUUUUGUUAA